CAAAUGAAACUGUCCCCCACUCCACCACACGGGGAGCCGCCGCCGCCGGCGCCGCCGCCAGAGAGUAGUAGCAAUGGCGCGCCGCCUCUUCUCCGCCGCGAGAGCGCUCGUCCCGCCCGUCCCAGCUCCGACGCCGGCUCCCGUGCCCGCGUCCUCUUCCGCGGUGGCGGCAGCGGCGGAGUCGCUCCUGCCGCUGCUGCCGUGCAAGCGGCGCAAGAAGCUCCUGAAGAAGCUGAGGAGCCCGCGCGUGGCGCCCAUCGAGCCGGAGCCCGACCGCCGCGUGCCGGCGCUGGACGCGGUGCUCGACCGCGACGCCGCCUUCCGCUUCCUCUCCCGCGCGCGCUCCUUCAUGGCCUCCCUCCCGCCGCCGCACCGCAUCCCGCUGGCCGAGGCCGGCAAGCUGCACCGCGAGCUGGGCUUCCCGCGCGGCCGCAGCGUGACGCGCGCCGCCGCCCGCCACCCGCUGCUCUUCCACCGCACCACCGUGGGCGCCGUCCCGCACCUCGCGCUCACGCCGCUCAUGCGCGCGCUCCUCGACGAGGAGCGCCGCGUCCACGACGACCUCCUCCCCUCCCGCGUCCUGGCCGUGCGGAAGCUGCUCAUGCUCACCGCGCACCGCCGCGUGCCCCUCGCGAAGCUGCACCACUGCCGCGCCGUGCUCGGCCUCCCCGACGACUUCCGGGACCGCGUGCGCGACUUCCCCGACGACUUCCGCGUCGCCGUGGACCCCGACGGGCUCCACGUCCUGGAGCUGGCGCGCUGGGACCCGGCGCUCGCGGUGAGCGCCCUGGAGCGGGACUUCGUGGUGGACGAGCGGCGGGUCCGUCGCACGUUCCGCUUCUCGGUCCCGCACCGGCGGUCGAUGCCGCUGGAAGCGGAGGAGGCGGAGCGGCUGGACGCGGCGACCACGUUCCCGCUGGUGUCGCCGUACACCAACGGCGCGCUGCUCCGGCCGUGGACGCCGGAGGCGGAGAAGUACCGCGUCGGGGCGGUGCACGAGUUCCUGAGCCUCACGCUGGAGAAGCGGGCGCUGAUACACCACGUCUUCGAGUUCAAGGAGGAGCUCGGGCUCACGCGCCACAUGUACGAGUCGCUGCGGAGGCAGACCCGCGCCUUCUACCUCGCCGGCACGGAGAUGAACUGGGCGGUGUUCCUCCGGGAGGCCUACGACGACGACGGCGUGCUCAGGGACAAGGAUCCCCUCGUGCGAUUCAACGAGAAGCUGCAGGGAUACGCGUGCAUGACCGACAUGGAUCCCAGCCAGAGCAUUGCUGAGUGCUGACAGCUGAUGAACUGAUGAUGCCGCUGGAAUUGCAAGUGACCCUUAGCUGCGUCACACCUCUGUGUGUACUGUUUGUUCAUGUUUGUAUCCGUUCAUUCCAUUCUACUCUUUGUCACUUGUAUGUUGUACUCUCAAAAUGGGCAGAUCUUCAAUACUAGCAGAAUGUCAUAGAGCACUCGGUGAAGGGUAGAACCAAAAAUAAAAUUGAUCUUCAAUUAACCAGUCCUCUUUUGUCGCGAAUCCGUGAACACCCACCCAAGGUCAUUCUAGUUGUGAAGGAAUGUUAUG